CUUUAUGAUUGAGAAAUAUGACGAGCAGAUGGCUGUGGUAAGUUACUAUUUUCAAUAUGCCUCUUAACCAUGCAUGUGAUUUCCUCUUGAACUACUGACUAGAUGGGCUGUCAAACUUAAGACCAAUAGCGCCAUCUAUUGGUAGAUGAUAAGUAAAGCCGAGUAAUGAUAGAGACAAGACAUAUCAUUACACCUUCCAUUACCUUUCAUGCCGUGUUGGGGGUUUGGGUGUGGGUUUGAACUUGUUCCUGAGUUGGAGUUCCGCACUCGAUUUAGUUUCGGUUUCCCGGGAACAUGGCAGCUGCACAGACGGAACAUGAGGUCCCAAAGAGUAUGCUUUGUCCAAAGUUUCUCCACGCCAACUCUACCAGCCACACCGGGCCCUUCAGUGCUAUUGCUGAACUCAUAGACAACGCAUACGACAAUGCCAAACAGAUAUGGAUCGAUAAGACCCAGAUCAAAGACAUAGAAUGUCUAACAUUCAUGGACAACGGAAACGGACUCAACUAUAAGUCGAUGCAUCGGAUGCUCAGUUUUGGAUACAGCGACAAAAAAGUUGUGAAGGGCAAACAUCCCAUUGGAAUUUAUGGCAACGGUUUCAAGUCUGGCUCAAUGCAUCUGGGCCAGGAUGCCAUUGUUUUAUCCAAAUCAGAGAAUGACCUGUGUGUUGGCAUGCUGUCACAGACUUACCUGAAGAAGAUCAGAGCCGAGGAGAUCAAUGUUCCCAUCAUAAGCAUUAAGAAACCGGAAGCAAAACAGUUCAGUGUGAUGGAGGAGCACCAGGCCAGUCUGAGGGACAUCCUGGACCACUCACCCUUCAACACUGAGGAAGAGCUGCUCACUGAGCUCCGAGCUAUCGAGUCAUCCUGCUCCAGCACCGGGACCCGGAUCAUCAUCUGGAACCUCUGCAGGUCUGGGACAUCAGGGAAGCCAGCGAUUGAUUUCAUCACGGACCGCUACGAUAUCCGUAUUCCCUGUGAUGACUUGGACUCUUCAGACCCUGAGAGUAAAUACUCGCUGCGUGCAUACUGCAGCGUCCUCUACAUGAAGCCUCGUAUGCAGAUCAACAUUCGAGGACAGAAGGUGAAGACUCGGCUCAUCUCUAAGAGCCUGGCCCAUAGCGCAAAAGAUUUCUACAGUCCUACUUAUGUCAAAAAAAAAAUCCCCAUCACCUUUGGGUACAACACAAAGAGCAAGGACCAUUAUGGCCUCAUGAUGUACCACAAGAACCGACUCAUCAAGGCCUAUCAUCGUGUCGGCUGUCAAAAAGACGCUAACAACAAGCAAGGCAUCGGAGUCAUUGGUGUGAUUGAAUGUGAUUUUCUUGACCCAACUCACAACAAACAGGACUUUGACAACACCGACAACUUCAGGAACACUAUCAGAAAUGUGAAGGAGAAGUUGGAAGAAUACUGCAAAGAAAUUGCGUACAAGAGAAAGUACCGCAACCUCAGAAAUAACGUACCCAUUGAGGAAGAAGAAAAAUGCCCGGAUCAGAACUGGGCCCAGUGUGAUCAGUGUCAGCAGUGGCGGAGGAUGCCGGAUGGAAUUAACAACGAUAAACUUCCUGAAGAGUGGUUCUGCUACAUGAACCCCGACCCUCAGUUCAGGCGCUGUGAGACAAUGGAAGAGCCAGAGGACUCUGAUUCAGAGCAGCAAACAAACCCUAAGACCUAUAAGAUACAUGAGAAGGAGGAAAAAAAGAAACAAGAAGAAAUUAAAGAAUUCAAAAAGUUUCAGGAAGAGAAAAGGCAACAGGAGCUUCUUCUCAAAGCCGAGUCCCGCAGGAGAAAAACGACCUCCACCCCGAACACACCACAGACACCAGGAAAGGGCGCUUCAGCAUCUGGUGUGUCCACUCGCAGCAGUCAGCCGGUAAUAACAGAUGUAAUCUCGCUGUCAAAAACCCCCUCAAGGCUGCAGCCUACGACUCCACAAAACGAAUCCAAAAGACAGAAACUGGAUGGUCUCAAGAGAAAGUUAGUCACAGAUAUGAGUCUGAGCAGCUCUACGACCCCACCAACCCCUGUCCCUUGCAAGGACUUAAACAUUGACGACGACCCAUUGGAGGGCAGCAGUACUCCUGCACCGACGGAGCCCACCCUCCACCCGGUCGAAGUGAGGUUGGAGAGUGACCCGAUGGAUUCCGCUUACGUGGCCUUCGUGGAUGUACCUACAAUAAACUACUGUACCCAGAUGAGGGAUGCGGAGGAGAUGAGGGACAAAAGCAUCCAGAUAUGGGAUGAGGAGGAGGUGGAGAUGAGGGACAAAAGCAUCCAGAUAUGGGAUGAGGAGGAGGAGAUGAGGGACAAAAGCAUCCAGAUAUGGGAUGAGGAGGAGGAGGAGAUGAGGGACAAAAGCACCCAGAUGCAAGGACCACGAGUGAAGGAUGAGGAGGAGGAGAUGAGGGACAAAAGCAUCCAGAUAUGGGAUGAGGAUGAGGAGGAUGAGGAGGAGAUGAGGGACAAAAGCACCCAGAUGCAAGGACCACGAGUGAAGGAUGAGGAGGAGAUGAACAGCAGCACAGCGGCUAAUGAUGGAGCUAAAGUGAUGGAGGAGGGAACGAUUAGCAUCAUCCAGGCCCAGGAAGAGCAAGACCAGUUCAUGGAGCUCCUGCAGUCUGUGUCCAACGAGAGGGACUCCUUCAAAGAGAAGGUCAAGGAGCUCCACGCACAACUAGAGUUGAAGAAGCAGUGUGCAGACUGUCAGACAGCCAGAGAGAAGGCAGAGAAGCUGAGCAGAGAAAAAGAAGACUUGACGUGUAGUUUGGACCAAAGCAGCAAGGAGAUGGAGAAACUGCACUUAAAGGUGAAGCAGUUGGAGGAGGAGAAAGCCACCACCGCCGUGGAGCCCCAAGAUCAUGGAAGAGUCUGAAGAAGUAGGAGUCGAAGUUUGGGGAGACUCACCAAUUUCAGCAAAAACCAAUGGACGUAAAAAACGUCAACACUCACUUGUUUUAUUACACUUCCUGGUUAUAUUUAGCAAAUGGUGAUAUUUGGUUUGUUCUAGAUAUAACACAUUAUGAUAGAGUCAAUAUUUCACAUUUCAAUAGCAGUUAGAAAUUACUCAACCAAUUCCUUCAUGCCUCCUUUCCUGCGUUUUCGGUCUGUCUGACAUACAUCGUAACAGGUCUUCCGUAACAAUGGUGCUACUUCACAAGACGACAUUGACCCAUGUUGGUUACUAUAAUUAUGGUUGCACAGGAAAUGAAAUGGGAGGCCAAGAAGACCACCGAAUGUACGUUAUAUUGGACACAGGCUUGUUUGUUGCAUUCAAAGUGUAAAUAUUGUUAGUAACACAGUGGGAACUUUAGUUUGAAAUGAUGAAGCAUAUAAAUUAUUGUUGAAUGUGGGUCGGCUAAGCUCAGGAGGUAGAGCAGUUGUCUUGUAACCGAAAGGUUGCUAGUUCAAUCCCCAGCUCCUCCUAGCUGAGUGUUGAUGUGUGCCUGAGCGUGACACUUAACCCUUGCAAGGUUGACUCCGCCGUCGGUGUGUCAAUGUGUGUAUUACCUGAUAUAAGUUGCAUUGGAUAAAAGCGUCUGCUAAGUGCCCUAAAUCAGCGGUCCCCAACCACCGUCAUAUUUGUUGAAAUUCUCAUACCGAUAGCAAUCGAUAAAUCAAAUGCUCUGAUCAAAAAUAAUGAAGAAAUCUGGUAUCUGUGGCUUUCCCAAGCCUGUGAAAAACCUGUCCAAUCGCCAUGACCCGUAGCUUUACAGACUCAAACUAAGCAUCUAUCAAGGAAUACCGACACUUGACACUUGCCUACUCAAUGCUGUCAGAGACCAUUUGGAACAGUACAGGCCACCGUAGCUUCUGCUGCGUUAUUUGGAGAGGUGAGAAGAGGGAAUUCAGUUGGUUGCAAUCUGCAAACUCACCACUAAAUCCUACACACUGCACCUUCUAAAUGUUCUUCUCCUGUAGGCCAUGGCUUAUGUAUGAUCCAUCAGUCAAAUGUUUAUAUUUAGGUCUAGGCUGUAUUAAUAAAAAAAUAAUUGCAUUACUUAUGGCUAUAUAAUCUAUUGUAAUUUAUAUUUAUUCAUGCGACAGUUUAGCCUAUGUUUAGACAAAUACACAUUUAAAAGUGGUAAAGUGUAAUAUUUUAACCUGCUCAUAGCUUGAAAUAACCUGCACAUAUCGGUAUUCAAUGCAGAUCGAUAAUGAAUUCAAUAAUGAUAUCAAUAAAAUCCUAUAUCAGGCAUAUUCAUCAAAUGAACAAUCCUGAAGUACAGUAGAUAGAAAAAGAAACAUAGCCAUACGUAACAAAAGGCCAUUGAGCAUCAGAGACAUUUAAACAUCACUAAAUAGAUCUUAGGUGAGUUUAUAUUAUAUAAUUUGGUUUUAUGAGAGGGUGGUGAGGUGCAGUUUGUAGAAGAGGCUACAGAAGGGCGAAGAAAAGAGACCAUAAAGUAUUGUUAUUGAUUACCAAUCAUAUCUAAAUAGUCUACUGUGCACCUGCUGUACAACACUGACGUUACUUUCACUUUGUUGUCAACAUUAGUUCAAUAGAUAUGGAGUUGAGAUGGAGGUUUAACAUUUCUCUGAGUCUCCCCACUACCCCCCAGUGAAGGCCUCUAGUUUGGCUCGAGCUGUAAUGACUGGCUCACUAAGAUGCCGCCACCAGUGGCGGCGCCAGGGGGGGGCUAGGGGGCGCUAGAGCACCCCCUAGAUUGGACAUAGCACCCCCAUAGCACCCCCAAGAAAAUAAUGGUUUAUUUAUUAUUGUUAUUUAAUUUCAUUCUGAGUUCUUAAUAAAAUGUAUUGUGUGAUAAUAAUAUUUUAAUCACAAAAGAAAAUAACAGAUUGAAAUAAACAGAUUGUUCACGUAGCACGACACAGACACGUUGCGUGCGUGAACGUGAUUGUUCAAUGAGUAGUAGGCUAAGUAACAGUAAUCCUGGCGAUCGGUCAAUUUUAAAUCAAGCGUUCACAAAAUCAUACACUUUUUGAUCUCUUAUUAUUGUGGUUUUGAGUGCCUACUGUUUGGUUUCAUUCAUGUUUUGAUUGUGACCUAAAAUAAUAUACUCUUUUUGAAAGCAUUUCUGACUCUUUGCCUGUUUAAGUUAAUUCUGUCUGACAUUCUAAUCUGCCGUCUUUAGUUAGAAGUGUAUUGAACUUGGUAUGUUUAGUUUAAUUUGUCGCUCAUGGUAGUGGUGACCUGGUAGUCAUCUGGCGCAAACUUUAAUCCACACACUGAAGUAAGUGAAGUAUUUGGGAUUACGUUAUCUAUAACAUCUCCAUUUUAACCGUCGGAGAUGAACGCGGCUUUGUGCGCGUCCGUCAGAAGUAGCCUAAUGACAAUAAUAAUACGAUCGAUUUGAAUGGCGCUUUUUUUGUACCCCAAAGACCCGUUAGAGAGCAAACGUGUAAACAUAUGUGACGAUAUGGUGGGGAGGUGUUGUAGUAGAGAAAAAUGAGACUCAUAUGCUAUCACCCUAAUUUCAUAGCACCCUCAGUAAAACGCCGAGCACCCCCAUAGCACCACCAGAAAAAAAUCUCUGGCGCCGCCACUGGCCGCCACACUCCACUCAUGACCUUUAUUGUUACUUCGGGGGACGAUAAA